UGUCAAAAUAGGUGUGUUGUUAGGUCACAUCUGGAGUUGUGUUUUGAUAUACAAAGUGUAAUUGUUAUUUGGGACUUUUAUUGGAUAUACAACCUAGAUACUCUUGGAAUAUGUCUGAAUAUUAAAAAGAAUAAUCAACCAACAUGAGUCUUCCCGAGGAUCCGUAUGUCAACUUCGAACCACCUCCAGAGGCACCGGUUUUUACACCGACAGAAGAAGAAUUUGCAGAUUCACUUGCGUAUAUCGCGAAAAUAAAACCAAUCGCCGAAAAAUAUGGAAUUUGCAAAGUUAAACCACCAAAGGACUGGCAACCACCUUUUGCAGUCGAUGUUGACAAAUUCAGAUUUGUACCACGUGUCCAACGUCUUAAUGAACUAGAGGCAAAGUCUCGUAUCAAGUUGAACUUCUUGGAUCAGUUAGCUAAGUUUUGGGAGCUACAGGGAAGUAGCUUGAAGAUUCCUCAUGUUGAACGUAAACUGUUGGAUCUCUAUGACCUUUAUAAGACUGUCGAGAAGGAAGGUGGUAUGGAAUCAAUCUCACAAGAGAGACGAUGGACCAGGGUAGCCACGUCUAUGGGGUACGAGUCUGGGAAAGGCGUUGGUGGAACUCUUAAAUGCCAUUAUGAGAGAUUACUUUUCCCAUAUUACCUUUUCAAAACUGGGGCAUCACUUGAGGCUGCUAACUUGAAGAUAAUUGAUGACAAGGAAGACAAUUCAGCCGAUGCUGAUUAUAAACCACAUGGUAUUGAGGAGAGAAUUGCCAGCGGUAGUUAUAAACGUAUACCCAAGAUGGAGAGAAAAGAUGUCAAACAGGAACCAGCAAUAGACUUCAAUAAGAAUCCAGAGUUAAGGAAGUUACAGUUCCUUGGAGCCGGGCCCAAAACUGCAAUACCAAAAGUAGGCGAAGAGGAAGAAGAAAAACCAGAAGUAAAAGAAGGAAAGAAAAUGAAAACCAGAAACAAAACAAACCCAGGGCUUUACACUUAUGUUGACCUAUAUUAUUGCCACACAUGUGGGCGUGGUGAUGGGGAGGAGUAUAUGUUGCUAUGCGACGGUUGUGAUGAUGCGUUCCACACCUAUUGUUUGAUACCUCCUCUAUCUGAGAUACCUAAAGGGGACUGGAGAUGUCCUAAAUGUAUACAACAGGCAUGCAGUAAACCACAGGAUCCAUAUGGUUUUGAGCAAUCCAAGCGAGAGUUUUCCCUACAGUCGUUCGGAGAGAUGGCAGAUAACUUUAAAAGUAAUUACUUCAACAUGCCUGUACAUAUGGUGCCAUGCGAGAUGGUAGAGAAGGAGUUUUGGCGGUUGGUGAACAGCCUAGAAGAGGAUGUGGCUGUGCAGUAUGGGGCAGAUGUUCACGCCAUGGACCAGGGGAGUGGCUUUCCAACAAAAGCUGUGAAAGAACAGUUUAUGGAAGAUGAGGUAACCGACUGUGUUACAGAGGAAUAUAUGAACUCUAGUUGGAACUUGAACAACCUCCCAGUACAAGAAGCCUCAGUAUUGUGCCAUAUUAAUGCUGAUAUAUCUGGCAUGAAGGUACCAUGGUGUUAUGUUGGAAUGUGUUUCUCCAGUUUCUGCUGGCAUAUUGAAGACCACUGGAGUUACUCCAUCAAUUACAUGCAUUGGGGUGAACCAAAGACCUGGUAUGGUGUAUCAGGCCAUAAUGCAGACCAGUUUGAAGAUGCUAUGAAACGCACAGCACCAGAGCUGUUUGAGAACUCCCCUGAUCUUCUGCAUCAAUUAACCACAAUUAUGAACCCUAAUGUGCUUAUGAAACAAGGAGUAAAGAUUUGUCGAACCAAUCAGCAUGCAGGAGAGUUUGUUAUAACAUUCCCAAGAGCAUAUCAUGCCGGCUUUAACCAGGGAUAUAACUUUGCUGAAGCUGUCAACUUCUGUCCAUCAGACUGGUUACCAAUGGGAAGAAAGUGUAUCGAGCACUACAGAGAUUUACACAGACAGUGUGUAUUCUCACAUGAAGAACUCAUAUGUAAAAUGGCCGCCGACCCUGACAACCUUGACUUUAAAGUCGCGGCAAGUACACAUGAAGAUUUACUCGGUAUAGCAGAUAUAGAGAAACAACUGAGGAAAAACUUGUUACAGAUGGGUGUGACAGAAGCUGAGAGAGAAGCGUUUGAAUUGUUACCAGAUGAUGAGAGACAGUGUAGCUUUUGUAAAACCACAUGUUUCCUGUCAGCUCUUACCUGUGUAUGUUCUGAACGUAUUGUUUGUCUCCGUCAUGCAGAUAAAUUAUGUAGUUGUCCACCCAGCAAGUAUUGUUUAAGGUAUCGUUAUACCCUUGAUGAAAUCCCAGCAAUGUUGAGCAGAUUGAAGGAGAGAGCAGAGUGUUACGAGAUAUGGCAUAAAAGUGUGGAAAAAGCCUUGGAGGCUACUGAUGAUAAUAAAGUUGAUUUACUGGAGUUGAAGAACUUACUAAUAGAUGCGGAGGAGAAACAUUUCCCAGAUUCUGAACUCAUGCAAUCCUUGAAUAAUGCAGUAACUGAAGCUAUGAAGUGUGCCAAUGUUGCCAAUCAACUUGUGUCAAAGAAAGUUAGAACUAGGAAUCGACAGAAUACAGAUGGUAAAUACAUUGCUAAGCUAAGCCUAGAAGAACUUAAUUGUUUCUAUGAACAAGUGGCCAGCCUUCCCUGUAUCAUUAAAGAGGGAAAAUUACUCAAGGAAUUACUGGAUCAGGUUUUGAACUUUCAAGCAGAGGCCAAGGAAGCUUUGGAAGCAGAGACACCCGACUCUGUCAAGCUGGAACAGUUAAUAGACUUCAGUGUACAGUUGGACGUUGAUCUACCUGAAAUACCAAAACUUAAACAGGUAUUACAGCAAGCUAAAUGGUUAGAUGAAGUGAGAGAAUCCCUGCAGGAUCCAGAAUCUGUUGUUUUGGAUACAUUAAGGAAACUUAUGGAGUCAGGAGUUGGUCUGUCACCACAUAAUGCUGUAGAGAAGGCUAUGGCUGAGCUGCAAGAACUGUUAACAUUGAGUGAGAGAUGGGAAGAAAAAGCCAGGAUUUGUUUGCAGGCCAGGCCGAGACAUGUAAUGUCAACAUUAGAAGCAAUAGUUAACGAGGCUACCAACAUUCCUGUCUGCCUACCCAACGUAAAUGCUCUCAAGGAAGCUUUACGUAAAGCCAAGGAUUGGACCUCCAAAGUGGAGGCCAUACAAAGUUCUGAGUCCUAUCCUUACCUCGAUGUUGUUGAGAGCUUGGUGAAUAAAGGUCGGCCAAUUCCGGUACGCCUAGAUCAACUCCCGCAGGUAGAGUCGCAGGUGGCUGCAGCUAAGUCUUGGAGAGAGCGUACAGCAAGAACAUUCCUAAAGAAAAACUCAACAUACAGUCUCUUAGAGGUAUUGUCACCUCGGAGUGAUAUAGGUAUAUACAGCAGUGGUAAAAGGAAGAAGAGGUUGAAGGAUCUAGAGAGGGUUCACUCGGACAACAGUAUGAGUGACAUAAAGAUUGAAGAACAGAGAGAUCCUGCUCUUAUUGUUGCGGCGUUUAAGAUGGCGGAGGAGAAGGAAGCAGAGGCUAUGAUGGAUCUACGUAUACGUAACAUGGAGAAGAUACGACAAGACGGGGUAGAUGCCAGGUUCUGUAUCUGUAGGAAAGGUGCCUCGGGAUUCAUGUUACAAUGUGAACUAUGUAAAGACUGGUUCCAUGGUACCUGUGUCCCAUUGCCUAAGUCAGCAAACAUCAAAAACAGAUCUUCUCAGAUGGCUGCAGUACAGGCAGCGAAAGAUCUCAAGUUCCUCUGUCCACUGUGCUUACGUUCUCGUAGGCCUCGUUUAGAAACCAUUCUAUCUCUACUUGUGUCCUUACAAAAGUUACCAGUCCGUUUACCCGAGGGAGAAGCAUUGCAGUGUUUGACCGAACGUGCGAUGGCAUGGCAGGAUAGGGCACGUCAAGCAUUGACGACGUCAGAACUUGCCUCAGCCCUUGCAAAAUUGAGUGUACUUAGUCAGAAAAUGGUUGAGCAAGCAGCUAGAGAAAAAACUGAGAAAAUAAUAAACGCUGAACUUAUGAAAGCUGCUAAUAAUCCAGAACUGCAAGGUCAUUUAGCCAGUGUUACACAAAAUGCUUUCAGUGGAAACGGAAAUGUACCACCUCGAGUGACAGAUUCUGGAAUUGGGAUGGAUUUGGAGAGCUCGUUACCAAUGCCUCUGUCCCCACCAGUGGUGAAUGAGGACUCUCAGGGUGGGGAGGAAGAUUAUCAGCUGGAGAUUGAAGUGGUCAGUUCGGGAGAGAACAGCAAUAGUAACCCUCCACCUGGAGGAAUGUCGGAGCAUGCAUACUCGUCCAUGUCCAAACUUAACCCUGGGGCUAUGUCACCAAAAAAACAGCAGCGUAAGACACCAUUGAUACCACGUCAGUUAGAGAACCCCGUACUAGAGUUAUCUGAUCAGGCUAAAGUCCAGCUAGAGAUUCUAAUGAUGGAGGGCGAUCUUCUAGAGGUGUCACUAGACGAGACUCAACAUAUCUGGCGUAUUCUUCAGGCCUGCCAGCCACGAUCAGAGGAUAACAGAGUUGUAGAAUUUGAUGACUAUGAUUCUACAAAGAUUGGUUAUGACGGUGAGAGAAUCAAGAUAAAGAAGGAAAAGGACCCUGAAAAGAGGAAGUACAAAAAGAGGAAGAGUCUUGAAGGUGGAGACCCACUUAAACCUAAGAAGGUCAAGGUCAUUACAGUUGGAUUGGAUGGCGAAAAAUUGAAGAAAAAGAAACUUAAGGUUAUGAAGCCAAAGAUAAAGAGGGAGUUUGAUGAAAAUGGAAUGGAAUUCCAAGACAUAAUGACAGAAGAAUUGACUGGACCACUAACCAUUGACAUUAAACCAGAUAAACUGAAGAAACUUAAGGCAAAGAUAGAGAAAGGGGAGAAACCCAGGAAGAAGAAGAAACUAAAAGUACAGCAGUUGAAAAGUGAAGAUGGACAACCACUAGAGAAGAAGAAACGUAAGAAGAGAGUAAAGAAGGAGUUGAUGAUGGCUGAUGAUGAUGAUAGUGAUGAAGAUUGUGCUGCUAGGAAGUGUCUUAAACCUACUGGAGAAGUAAAUUGGGUGCAGUGCGACAGAUGCGAGGAAUGGUUUCACUUGUUGUGUGUCGGUCUAGCCGAGGACGAGGUGUCGGAGGAAGAGGAAUAUGAAUGUUUCUCAUGUAAACAGGGGCGUGGUCAACAACCUGUCCUUGUCAGUAACCAUGGUAAACAAAGUACCGUGUCACCAUCUAAAGUCCCAGGAAUGUUUAACUACAGUGGAAUGUCUGUGAUUAAAGGCGAACAAGACAUGGACAAUGUACUUGUCUGUAAUGAGGAAGUUGAGGUGUCUAUGGAUACGUCGCAAUCAUCAAGUUACAACAGAGCGAUUGAGACCUAUCAUAGUGCCCUGAUAGCAGAAAAAGAGGAACAGGAAAUGGCUACAUCCUCUAAAAUCACACAGUUCUCGUAUGAGACCGAUGAAAGUUCACAGGAUGAAAUGAAAUCUUCGUUCUCUGUCAGUGCUGACUCAAAUGAAGCUGUUGCCAUGGCAACUCAAAUAAGUGUCACAGGGGACGCAUAGGGAGAA